CUUAAUAAAUCUUUUUCAAUAUAUUCUACUAAACAAUCAUAUUCAUAAAAUUGAUCGCCUAUACGAUUCAGUCAUCACCUGUCGUAGAUCAAGGUCAGCCCGUCGGAUUUUUGGAGGAGUGGUGGACUGGAUGACUGGAUUCUUAGUGGAAUGUGGUCGAAAGCUCAAAGCUGUUGGUUGUAUGAUAGAAUAGGGUAGGGAUAAAAGGUAUCACGUAAGUGGAAUGAGGUUUAUUUGUAGGUUUUGCAAAGAUUGGAAAUAAGCGAUAGUUGUUUAUAACUAUGUUUAUGUUAAAAUUAUAACAACAGAUGAAUUGUAGUCUAAUAGAAUAAAAAUAUUCAUUAAAGUGUCACACGUUUGAAUCACAUAGGCUAUUAUCAUUUUAUUUUUGCUCAUACUCAAACUACUACCGGAAGUUCGUUAAUUUUCUCCCCUAAUUUAGGAGCGUCCGGGACAACCCUAUACACCCGUUGAGCUUUGGGUCCGCCCCUUAUCUAACGAUCAAUGAAUAUAAUUGACAAUCACCUAAAACAAACUUAACGGGAUUAGACGGUACAUGAUAAUCAACGAUGAAAUCAGGUUUAAACUUUAAACCGAGUGACUAACAAACAACCCUGUAAACCAUCACCAUGUCCAUAAAACCUUGAGCAGUUCAAACUCUAUAUCCAGACUCGAAAGUACAAAGCCAACACCUUUAACAUUGAAAAGGAACGGAUAGGUUCGGCAUUGUGUUGCCAAUGGUGACAUAGCCUAGUGGUAGGAGAGGAGGGCCAGUGACCAAUAGGUCACGGGUUCGAUCCUCACCGCCGCUAAGGUGUUCCCGGAGGCAUUUCCGCUCUCACCUGGGCCGAAGGGCGGCGGCCCCGGAGUUUACCGUGCCGACGGCGUCACUUAAUGUGGCGGCCGCCAAGGUUCGGCAUUGUGUUAGGGACAGGUGUAAAGUAAUAUCGUAGCGUCGAAGACUAAUUGUUCAUCAUAUGCACGCAAAAACCCGAAAAGUAUUUGGGCGAUGGGAGACGAGGUCUUAGACUAGAGGAAGAAGAGGAAAAAAAACAGAGGACAAAAGAAAGCCAAGCCCUUGAUAUCUGUACCAUUACCAUAUUUCUCGUCUUCCAUCUCUGCCUCUCCCUGGCAAAGAUAACCUUUCUAAAAUGUUGAUAAAGCAGCACUGAGACUUUCCCAAAUUGGGAUUAGUAUCUCUGUAAGCUGAAGAAGGAAAUGCACUGAUAUACAGAGCUGCAAAACAAGACAAAAAAAAAAAAAAACAGAGCGUCUUUAUAUCCAACACUCUAGUUCAGAGCAAGAGUGAAAAAUCAGUCUUUGCUUUCCGGUAAGUGAAAACCCUUCUUCUUCCAGAGUUUUACACAACAAUGGCUGCUGCUGCCGAAGUUAACCGUCAAUCUGCUGGUUUCUUCCGAGUCAUCCUCCCAACCAUUCCCUACCAAAAGAAAAUGAGUCUGCCCCUGAAGUUUGUGGUGAUGUACGGGAUUCAACUCUCUUCUACUGCCACUCUCAAACUACCGAACGGCGCCGUCUGGAAGAUCGGCGUCAAGAAAGCAACCGACGGUCGGAUUCGGAAGGCCUGGUUUACCAAGAACUGGGAUCGAUUUAUUGAACACUAUUCGAUCGCCGUAGGCUUCUUCCUCACGUUUCAGUAUCUCGGCAGCUCGGAGUUCCACGUCAAGAUCUUCAACCUCACUACCUGCUCCAUCAAUUACCCUCGUCGCGGCGGCGGCCGGCAGCCGAUUGGUAAAGGCAGAGCUUCCACCGGAGCUCAACCCAUUUCACCAAAUCUAGGUGUAAGCUCCGACGAAGAGGAAGAAGAUCGCUGCGAGCAGGGGGAGGUGGAGAAAUUGAUGAAUCUGGUGAAAGAAAGCGGGAUUGUCACAGGUUCCCAGUUCGAUCGGAUUCUUCCCAAGCACUGGAUGCAGUGCAAGAAGGGAGUAGAAGAAGCAAUUCUGUCGAAGCCGCCGAAUCGCCCCUGUUUCUUGACCCUGAUGACUUGUGCUUUGAUUAGAUGGGACAGCCAGCUUAUGAUACCGGCUGUAUUUGUGGCAGAGCACAUUGACGAUGAAUGGCAGAGUGUGAAGCUUCGGGUGCAGGGGAAGAAGAAGCAAUGGGAUGUGAACCUUAAGAGGAGUGGUCGAUCAAAGACGAUUUCCAUGGCGGUGAAGAGUAGGAAGCGGUUCGUUGAUGAGAAUGGUUUGCGAGUCGGGGAUGUGUGUCUGUUUCAGCUGGUUUCUCCGGCGGAACCCGUGAUGGAAGUCACCGUGUUUCCUGCCGACGAGUAGUGAUCGUCGUACGAGUCUGGACUACACUUAGCUUCACCAUUGACGUAUGUUAUUGUCUCUCUUCGAAAUCGAAAUUCUCGACAAUAGUAUUUAUCCAAUCCACUAUCCUUGUUAUGGCAUUAAGCUUAUAUAUUCUAAAUUUUUCAUACAAGGUUAUCUAUUAAUCGCGUAAUUUUAAUUAUAUUGCAUGUUUGCAUGCGAAUAAUCGUUUUAUAUUUUUAUUUUCAGUACAUUUACUUUCAUACAUCUCAUAUUCUUCAUUUUCGUCGACAAAUUUAUGUAAUAACAAUGUUAACUGUAA